CUGACAGUGCCAGGCGGGCAGGUAGGGACAGCAGGCUGUCUGUUUUCGUCUACGUAGCACUUUUCGUCACUGAUGGACGCAUCGUGGGCUCAUUAUAUUGUUGGGCAGAUUGUUGGGCACUAGCGGCUCUAGCAUGGCACUAGGCGUCCAAUGCACGUCCAAUGAGAAUGACGUCACAGCUAGGGAUAUCAAAUGCUGCACACGCUGCACACAUGCCGACUGAUCAUCGUCAAAUAAAUAUAUAUUCAUACCAAUUCAUACGAGUUUACGUUUUGACAGACAGCACUGUUGCAUUUACAUUGUUCAUUUUCAUUUUGAAUUUAAUCUGAAUCACGUUAAUAAAUAUAUUUGGUAGUUUUUGUUCGAAGAGCAAGAUGAGCAAACCGAAACUAUCAAGAAGUAUAUUGGAAAUGAAAUUUAUGAAGCGGACCAAAGAGAAAGUACAGAAGCAAGAGUUUCAGGAAGAAGGCGAGGAAUACUUUGGUAAUGAACUGACGAAACGUAUGAAGAAAGAAUCAGAGAGAUUUGUCAGUGAACCCAGUUAUGUGUUCUGUGAGAAAUUAGUCGACGGUAGAAUAAGUUUUCAAGGGAUGAAUCCUGAAAUAGAGAAAUUGAUGGAAGAAGAACGAAGAAAUGAAAGGGUGAGAAAUGAACAAAAACAGGAGGCAGACAUCUCGGACGAGCAAAUGGCAAAGAGUUUGAGUAACUAUAGGAAGAAGACGAAAGUCAAUUAUAAACGUGAGAGAUCGUUUAAAAUGCACGACGAUCGGAAUGGGCCAUCGAAGAAGCCGAAAUUCUUAAAACCAGAUUAUUAAUCUUUGGCGCGAACGAUCGAGGUUUGUACAUACAUAAUCGUUACUGAUAUAAUAAGUUAUAAGUAGAUUGUAAGAUCGCUACACGGUGUUUAAGUCACUGACAUAUAAAAAUGUGUACAAUCACAAUAAAUUUUAUUGAGUUUCUGGCUUUA